CUUUCUCUCUCCUCCACACACACACACACACACAGUCCCAUACACAUUCGCAGCAGCUGUGCCGCUGUCAGUUCUGGAAUGUAAGCGCUGCCGUCAGGAGUCCGAUUCUCCAACCACUAAGCGCCGAGACGGAGCAGCGCUCACUCAGACACACAGAUGGAUGCUAAGCAGAGCAAAACCAAAGAAACCUAAAGGACGCGAGUGAAAGGAAAUACAAUGCGUGUUCUGCCAAGGCUACUUUCCAGCUUAUUUCCAUAAUUCACAAAUCAUUUUGGACAUUUCCCUGCCGAUUGGAUACCAUGAUAGGCAAUCAAGCUCUGCUCCUGUUGAUGCUCUAUUUCCUGUGGCCCAGUACUGCCCUGCCUUUCAUUACUGGGAAUAUUGGGAAUCUGUUUGGGAUGCCAGAGAGUGAUGGGAAGGUUCUUCAGCGUUCCAAACGGGGAUGGAUGUGGAAUCAAUUCUUUCUGCUCGAAGAGUACACGGGAAAUGACCAUCAAUACGUUGGCAAGCUGCACUCUAAUGCGGACAAAGGCGACGGCACCGUGAAGUACGUCCUGACCGGAGACGGUGCUGGCAGCCUGUUUCUGAUCGACGAGAAAUCCGGAGACAUCCACGCCACCAAGCGGCUGGACCGGGAAGAGAAAGCCAUGUACACGCUCCACGCCAAGGUCGUGGACAGAACCACGAACACAGAACUCGAACCCGACACCGAGUUUAACAUAAAAAUCCACGACAUCAACGACAACGCGCCCAGAUUUGAAAAGGAGGUGUACUACGCCAGCGUCCCUGAAAUGUCUGAAGUUGGUACGUCUGUGGUCACAGUGACAGCCACUGACGCCGAUGAUCAAACAUACGGAAACAGCGCCAAGCUGGUAUAUAGCAUCCUGCAGGGGCAGCCAUAUUUCUCUGUGGACUCAGAAAACGGAACCAUAAAGACAGCUCUGCCUGGCAUGGACAGAGAAGUGAAGGAGCACUACCAGGUUGUAAUUCAGGCCAAAGACAUGGCCGGACAGAUGGGUGGGCUUUCAGGGACCACGACAGUCAGCAUCACCCUCUCCGAUGUAAACGACAGUCCGCCACGCUUCGCUAACCAUUCCUUCCGAGUGACUACAGUGGAGUCUACGGAGAUAGGUGGAGCCAUCGGACGCAUCAAGGCCGACGAUCCAGAUGUGGGACACAACGCCGAGAUGGAGUACAGCAUCGUUGGCGGUCACGACACAUUCAACAUCAUCACCGACCAAGCGACGCAGGAAGGAGUCAUCAUUAUUAAAGAGGCGCUGGAUUAUGAAAGUAAGAGGGACUACGAGUUCAGAGUGGAGGUGAAAAACACCUACUUAGACGCCAGGUUCAUCCACGGCGUGCAGUUCAAAGACUACGCCACGGUCAAGGUGACGGUGGAUGAUGUGGACGAGCCGCCCGUUUUCACCCGUAACCCUUACAUCAUUGAAGUUCACGAGGACACGGCCGCCGGCAGCUUCGUCGGCGUUGUGCUGGCCAGAGAUCCCGAUGCAGACAACAAGCCAGUGAAAUAUUCCAUUGACCGACACACGGAUCUUGAAAGGCUGUUCAACAUAGAUUCUGUGAACGGCACCAUCACAACACUGAAAUCCCUCGACAGAGAAAUGUCCAAAUGGCACAACAUCUCUGUGGUGGCCACCGAAAUAAGUAACUUCCUCCCUCAGUUCCCUAAACAUCUCUCUUCAGUCCUGAAAUAUGUGACAACAUUUAAUUUUCGUGUUUCAGACAACCCUCGGCAGACGACUCGAGUGCCCGUGUUCAUCAAGGUGUUGGACGUCAACGACAACGCUCCAGAGUUCGCCAUGUCCUACGACACCUUCGUCUGUGAAAAUGUCAAGGCAGGACAGCUGAUUCAGACAAUAAGCGCUGUUGACACAGAUGAACCGCUUGUCGGGCACAAAUUUGUCUUCAGCAUAAGCGCCACCAACCCAAACUUCACCAUCGUUGACAAGGACGACAACACUGCCAACAUCCUAACGAGGAGGGGCGGGUUCAGCCGGCGUGAGAUGAGCAUGUACUUCCUCCCCGUCGUGAUCUCAGACAACGACUACCCCAUCCAGAGCAGCACCAGCACGCUGGUGGUCCGCGUGUGCGCCUGCGACAGCCGCGGCAACAUGCAGUCCUGCAGCCCGGAGGUGCUGCCCUUCUCAGAUGGCCUCACCACCGGAGCGCUGGUGGCCAUCCUGCUCUGCGUGAUCAUCCUGCUCAUGAUCGUGGUGCUGUUCGCUGCCCUGAGGAGACAGAGGAAGAAGGAGCCUCUGAUCAUCUCCAAAGAGGAUGUCAGAGACAACGUUGUCAGCUACAACGACGAGGGCGGAGGAGAGGAGGACACUCAGGCCUUUGAUAUCGGCACGCUGCGCAACCCGGAGGUGAUGGAUGCUAACAAGCUUCGCAGGGACAUCAUACCCGAAAUGCUGUUUCCCUUUCGGAGGACAUCACCGAUAAAGGAUAACACGGAUGUGAGAGACUUCAUAAACGGGCGGCUGCAGGAGAACGACGCCGACCCCACGGCGCCCCCUUACGACUCCCUGGCGACCUACGCUUACGAGGGAACCGGGUCCCUGGCGGAGUCCCUGAGCUCGCUGGAGUCCGCCGCCACCGAGGGCGACCACGACUACGAUUACCUCAGCAACUGGGGACCACAGUUCAAAAAGCUGGCGGAGAUGUACAUAGGGAGAAGCCCCGACAGAGAGACCUAAACGAAGCCAUCCGUCUCUCUAUAAUCCAAACUCCUUUUCAAUGUCCUUUCGGCUUAUUAGCUAGCCAGACACCUGUUUGUCUAGUUAGUUAACUAGCCUGUCUGUCUUAAUAUCUAUCAAGCUACCUGUUUGUCUAGUUUGCUAGCUAGCUUGAUAGUCAACUGGUUGUCUGUUUGCUCCACCUUCAAAUGUGCGUGAAAAUGCACAAACUCAUGCGCACUAUAUUAAACCGUCAUGUGGAAGAUUACCUGGAAACGGGAAAGCUGUGUUCGAAAUGUUCACUCACAAAACUUUACUAGACGAUAAAUUGUCCCAUUAAUUAUCGCAAUAAACAAUAAUAUUGUUGUUUGAUGCCAUUUUAAAGUAAUAUAUAUCAUCAACUUCCUAAAAGUAAAUUUUGCCAAUUGUGAUGUGAAAAUGGGAAAGCUAUGUUUGAAAUGUUUACAAAAUUUGAAUAAGAAAUUGCCACAGUAAUUAUCGCAAUAAACGAUAAUAUUGCUGUUUUAGACCAUUUUCAAAUAACAUAUAUAGUCAGCUUCCUACAAUUCACUUUUGGCCAAAAGUAACGUGCAAAGCUAUGUUCAAAAUGUUCACUCAUUUUACAAGACAUACAUCGUCAUUUUGAAACCAUUUUCAAAUAAUAUAUAUAUCGUCGGCUUCCUAAAAGUAAUUUCUGGCCAAAAAUAAUAUGGAAACGGGAAGCUAUGUUUGAAAUGUUCACUCAUAAAAUUUUUCUAGACAAUAUAUUGUCUCAACAAUAGUAUUGUUGUUUUAAGACCAUUUCGAAGUAACAUAUACUUCCUAAAAGUAAUUUUUUGUCAAAAGUGAUUCUUUUUUUCUUUGCCUAAGACAUAUUUUCAAAAAAAGAAGUUAGUUUUUUAUAUUCAUUAUAGCAUAAUUAUUUAAGAUCAGUAACAAUAACAAAAUAGGUGGAAACAUAUCAGUUUCUUUCAAUAAAAGUCUUAUGAAACUUUAGCUAAAACUGCAGGUGUUUCUCUGUGUCUGGUAAUUGUUUUGUUUUUCACUCAGUAGGAAGACAAUCCAAAAAUUUAACUCAAGUAAGAGUACUUAAUGAAAUUACUCAAAUAAUAGUAAAACUUAAAUUUUUUUUCAACAAAGUUACAGAAGUAAAUGUAACUAGUUUCCUUUUACUGGUUUCAAACCAAAACAAAAUGGCAAUAUUUGUAAACGAUUGGACAAUUCGAACACAGAGCGAGACUUGAAGUGAGUUUUCUAUAAGCAGAUCCAAUAUAAAUCUCAGUCUUUUGCUUUUUUUGUCAUAAUCAGUAAAGAUGCCUUUAAAUUUUAGGACUUUUGUGAACAAUGGUGUGAAUAAUGUGUUUUGUAAUCAACAUGAACGAUAGUAGUAUUGUAUACUAUCAAUGUUAAAUGGUGCCGGCUUGGUUUGGGUGGGAAACGGGGGGAAGGAGUCCGACAGCUUUUCCAGACAACUUCAUUAAAUACUGUAAAUGUACAAAGUGUUUUUAUUGAUGGACAUCGUAUAAACUAUUUGCUAUAUCUGUUUGACGAACAAUGUUCAUGUGAAUGGUUGGUGGAGUUUCUUUUUGUCAAACUGUGAAUUCAUUUCAUCAUGUAGGUGUAAUAUGUAAUGGAAAGUGUAUGUUGUAGGAAACUGUCACACACCGCUUUCAUGCUAUUUGAAUGCUGAGUCAUAUUGUUUUAUAUUUAUAUUUUUAUACUUAUUUUCUUAAUAAAAUGAUCUAAAAAGGG